AUUCCGUUAACUGUCCACUUCCAAGGACCUUCCCCCCUAUAUAUACUUCCCUGAUCAAAGUCUCUCUCCAUAGAUCAUUCAGGUCUCCAGCUUCACAUCAUAUUUUCUAGACUUUUGAUCACAGGGUUAGAGAUGGCGGAUAUUGCUAUGCUUGUUGCGGAGGAGUACGAAAGGAGGGUGAGGCUUUCAAGAAAUAAAGUUGGGGCUGAAAAAGAAGAGAUUAACUUGGUUUCUAGUGUAGCGGUCUUGGCUCAGAAGGUCAAGAGCAAAAUUGGGCAGGAAAGAAUUGAGGUUGUCAAGUUGGCUUUAGAACCAAAGAGCCAGAUCGGUGUUGCAGCUUUCAAUGGAGCCUUCUCUGCUUGAAAACUUUUCUCUUCUUUCGUUCUUUCCAAAAUCAUUUCUCCAAAAAAGUUGUAGACAAAAAAAAAAAAAA